ACAUGUUUUUCCACCAUAAUUACAAAAUAAAACAUACCUUUUCUGCAAAUAAAAUUCAAUAAAAUUUCCAUAAAUCUCAAGAACAGUUCUUAUUGAAUAUUCGAAUUCCAUGUUCGUCUCAAACAAAGAGGGAUACAUAGCCUAAACGAGCGCCGCCCCUGUUUCCUGUCUCCGGGAAGAAAUUGCAGAACAAUCAUUGCUCUGUUCAACUCUGUUCCAUGUCUUCCAGAGCUCUUCAAUGGCUGAGUCUUGUCGGAAUCAUAUGGCUUCAAUCCAUCAACGGAACCAGUUUCAAUUUCCCCUCGUACUCAUCUCAGUUCAAGCAUCAGCUCUCCAUGUCGCAGCUGCAGCUCAAUAAUCUCGCAUUUGCCUCCGACGCCGGCAAGCUUUUCGGGUUCGUCUCUGGCUUUGCUGCUAAUUCUUUACCCCUUUGGUUGGUUCUCGUGAUUGGUUCUUCUCUUGGUCUUGUCGGCUAUGGCGUCCAAUAUCUCUUCAUUAUCAACAAAUUACACGACCCCUCUUAUUGGGUCAUCUUCUUGCUCACUGUUCUUUCCGGAAACAGCAUUUGUUGGAUCAAUACUGUCUGUUACAUUGUCGCCAUUAGAAACUUUAAAGCUCAUCGCCAUGUUGCUGUCGGGAUAUCAACUAGUUACCAAGGAUUAAGCGCUAAGAUCUAUACAGACAUUGUCGAAUCAAUGUUUUCUAAACGGUCGUCCAAUAGAACAGAAACAUUUCUUCUCUUGAACUCUGUUUUGCCAUUGGGUGUUUGUGUUUUGGUGUCGCCGUUUGUUAGAGUUCAUGUCAUGGAAGAACAGGGAGGUUUGGAAAUUGGGGUUUUUUUUAUCUUUAUGAUAACCAUAGCUACUGGAUUUUUUGCUGUUUUUACGAGCUUGGGAUCGAUUUCGACAAAGCUGUCGCCAUUGACUGGUUUGGUCGGGAUUUUGGUGUUUCUCCUCCUGCCGUUGGCUGUUGCAGUAGCGGAAAAUGUAAAACGAAAAACAGAGCAACCGGAGAAACAGAGAGACGCCGUUGAGACGGCAAUGGAGGAGAUCGGAGCGAAAGAGAUGUUGAAAAGAAUGAACUUUUGGUUACAUUUUGGGGUUUAUUUCUUCGGAGCAACACUUGGGUUGGUGUUCUUAAACAAUUUGGGACAGAUAGCAGAGUCUCGCCGGAGCUCCGGCGUUUCAUCGUUGGUGUCUCUGUCUGCAUCGUUCGGCUUCUUCGGCCGCCUGACACCGUCGCUUCUCGACCAUUUCUUCCCAGGGAAAUUGAUGAAGUCUAAGCCAGGAUGGAUGGUGGCGCUGUUGGGAGCGAUGUGCGGCGGCUUCUUCCUUCUUUUAUGGCCGACGGACAUGAGCUUGUGUACAAGCACGGCCAUAAUUGCAGGGUGUACGGGCGCCAUUACGUCGAUUGCUGUGUCGGUAACAACAGAGUUAUUUGGUGCUGAUAAUUUCUCUAUAAAUCAUAACCUGGUGGUUGCCAAUAUUCCUCUUGGCUCGUUUCUUUUUGGGUCUCUCGCCGGGUUUCUUUACCGGAUGCAAGUGCCGGCUGGCACCGGAAAAUGCAUCGGAGUUGAGUGCUACAGAGCCGUUUUCUUCAUUUGGGGCUGCCUGUGUCUGGUCGGAACUUUGCUGGCGCUGGUUCUGUUCGCUCGGACCAGAAGCUUUUACUCUACGAAGCGGCGGAUGGUUGAAGACGCUCCGCCAUUGCACGUUUUGCCACUAUCAAUAGUUUCAUAGAUGAGUAGGAUAUUGCAAGAAAUUAGGAAUUAUUUUAUAGAAUUG